AUGUCUGAAACACGCGAAGAUUCCGUCUACUUGGCCAAAUUGGCCGAACAAGCCGAGCGCUAUGAAGAGAUGGUCGAGAACAUGAAGCGUGUCGCUUCCUCUGACCAAGAAUUGACCGUCGAAGAACGUAACUUGUUGUCCGUUGCAUACAAGAACGUUAUCGGUGCUCGUCGUGCUUCAUGGCGCAUUGUUUCAUCCAUCGAACAAAAGGAAGAAUCAAAAGGUAACGAAUCCCAAGUUACAAUGAUCAAGAAAUACCGUGAGAAGAUUGAAGCUGAAUUGGCGCAAAUUUGCGAAGAUAUUCUUGACGUUUUGGACAAGCACUUGAUCCCAUCUGCUGCUUCCGGUGAAAGCAAGGUCUUCUACCACAAGAUGAAGGGAGACUACCACCGUUACUUGGCCGAAUUCGCAACUGGCGACAAGCGCAAGGACUCUGCUGACAAAUCAUUAGAAGCAUACAAGGCCGCAUCUGAUGUUGCCGUUACCGAAUUGCCACCAACACACCCCAUCCGUCUUGGUUUGGCAUUGAACUUCAGUGUGUUCUACUACGAAAUCCUCAACUCGCCUGACCGUGCUUGCCAUUUGGCCAAGCAAGCAUUUGAUGAUGCAAUUGCCGAACUUGACACAUUGUCCGAAGAAAGUUACAAAGACAGCACAUUGAUCAUGCAAUUGUUGCGGGACAACUUGACCUUGUGGACAAGUGACAUGCAAGAUUCCGAGGCCAAGCCAGCUGAUGCACCAGCCGCAGAAGGUGCAGCAGCCGCUGAGGCAAAGGGAGAAGAAGCUGCUUAA